UACGUUACCCAGGUUCUAAUUUUAGGUUCUUUGGAUAACACAGGGAUUUCUCCGAAAAGAAUAGAUAGUACUAUUGGAAAGGUUCCGACAAUUGAAUGUUUAUUUGGAACAAAUGAAAAGAAAAAAGAUCAUCGCGGAUCUACACCGAACACUGUGGACGUGCAUGUUGACGGAAGCUCCACAGAUAGGUACACGACAGGUUCUUUGGAAAACAUAAGGAGUUCUUUUGAAAGCAUAAAUAGCAACGUUGGUAAGGUUCCGGCAAUUGAAUGUUUAUUUGGGGAAAACUACGAGAAGAAAGAUUCUCGAGGAUUUACACCGAACAUUGUGGACGUGCAUGUUGACGGGAGCUUCCCAGAUAGGUACACAACAGAUAAAAGUCAAGUUAGUAAAACUGAAGAUGUAUCAAAAGGAAACACUAAUAAACUCGCCACAGAAAGUAAACUUAUAGCCGUUAUAUCACCGGUCCAAGGGGCGGUUGCAAACAAAUGUCAUUCUGUGGAAGGCAAUUUCUACGGAGGACAGCAACUGACACGAGAACGUCUUCAGCUUUCUGGAGGCAGUGAAAAUACACCAAAAGAGGAAAAAAAUAACAAAGGACCGACCAACAACGUGACAUCACCGUCACAUGCUGAGAAUCGAAUUGUUCAUGUGAAGGAACCAGCCGAGUCUGAUGAAAAGGGUGCUGCAAAUACUGAAAUCGACUGGAUAAAAUUAUUUAGAGACAUAGUGCCGCACCUACCAAUAGACGACUGUUCCUGGACGUUUUUUGCGAUAGACCUUUUACAUAUUAGCCAUGAACAAUGUGGUUUACCAAAAAAUGUCAGUAAUGAGAUGAACAAAAUAAAACAGAACAACAAACGGCUAGACCUUGCUUAUCUCGAAUUGCUGAAUAUCUGGUACAGCAUGAUGGGUAGUGAAGCGAGUUUAGAACAUAUUGAAAGUGCAUUAAAGAGAUUGGACAACAAGGUCAUUAUGGAAGAAUUCGAACGAAUCAAAGACAAUCCUCCUACAAGAAAAAUAUUUGCCCAGAAAACGGAGACAUCAUUAAUGCCAAGGAGAAAAAAUGAACAAUUUCCACUAGCCCAACGUCCAUUAUUCGUUUAUGCCCAACAUGAAAGUACACAUGAAAUAGCGGAGACACACGACCUUCUUUCUCACACAGAGGAUGGACACUUUGUCCAAUUAACAAACUUUAGCGCUACAUCUCAAACACAGACGUCCCAAUCUUUUCUAUCAGACCCAUCAAGACUAGUGCGGCAAAAAGUGCAACAGCGCAGCAAGGAAAAGUAUUACGACAAUGAUCCAUAUCAUAAGGUUAGAUGGCGAGGUUCCAAAAAUAAAAAGAGAUCUUCACGAAGGAAAUCAAAAAUGAAAAAGAAGCUUAAAAUGGCUGAAGAAAUGAGAAAAUUGGAGUCAGAGAACUCUUCUCUUAAAAAUGAAAAUAUCACACUUAUUAAAACAAUCUUACCGUUUGACAAGAUUCGUUUGAGUCGGCAGCAAUAUAACACAUUCGUUGACUAUACUGUAAAUAAAAUAAUGGAGCACAACCACGUUUCAAGAAAGACUGUGCUGUCAAUAACGUAUGAAGCGUACACUGAAAUAGCUGAGACGAAAAAUGGCGGAAGAUAUAUACUUUAUAGUGGGAGUCCAAACUUAAAUUUGGAUAAGGAUCAAUAUGAUGACCUAGUGUUUUAUGUGAAAUUUGCAAGGACUAGAGUACUGAAUGAAAUAGAAGAACUCCAAGGUAAUGGCGAUACUCUGUUCCUAUUUAUCACAUAUGAUGGAAAAUCAGCCCUUGAACUGUACCAGAGGCAAUCGCGUUUGAAGAAAAGAAGAAAUCUGUUAAAUUCGUUUGAACCAGAUUAUUGCUCUUGUAGUAGUGGAAGUUCAUCUUCAGAGACAGAAAGCAGUGGCGUUCAUGAUAUUGAAACAGGAGAAGGUCUUAAAAGCCAAAUACAUACAAGCUCAGCCUCUUCUUCCAUGUAUGAUAAUCGUGUAAACGACUUUUGUGUGGAAACUUACAACUUACCAGCGAUAUCCGAGAACAAUAAAUCCCUCAAAAAUAAACACACUGUGUCCACACAUCAAAAUGAGUCAUAUUCUGCAACAAUUUAUAGCCGACGAAGACGUAAUGAGGAGAUUGAGGAAAAUCACGACUGCAACGAUAACGAGGAUAUCACAGUAGUAAAAGGAUUGCCUGAAAGUGGAGGUUUUGAAGUAGAAAACGAAAUGUCAGCAGAAUGUAUACCAGUUGAAGAGAAUAGAAAUCAGGCAAUGUCAGAGCCAUUGCGUACGCGUAACAGAAAUAUUGCAAAUCACAACAACGGGGUGCAAGAAAAUGAUUCUGACAUGUCAUUUGAAGAUUUGAUGGAGGACAUUGAUAAAGAACUAGCAUGUACAACGUCUUUAUGAAUGAAUUCGAUUUUUAGUUUUAUAUAGACAGACAGGAAAGAUAGUUUGUAUAUAGUCAAAAUAAUAGCAUAAUCGAAUAAUUCUAAAUCAGGUGAAAUACGUAUUUUUGUGUCACUGUACACGUUUUGAAAUGCCUUACAAAUUAAAAUCAAUUAGAAAUGAGGCAUUUCUUUAAAACAAAUAACCUGUACGAUAAGUAACGGUUCGUGUUACUAAUUUGUAACAAAUAUUCAUAUUUUCAUUUUUAUUAGUACGCCUCCAUUUGAUUAAAUUUAUUAUCAUCCGAUCACAGUAACAUUGUAGUCACAUUUGGUUUUUCGUUAUAGGACACUGAACAAUUCAGGAAACCGUGUCAAUAUCAUAAAUAAAUGGUUAGCUAUGAGUGUAUAAAUUCACCUCAUCCAUAUUUACAGUUGACUGGUAUCAGCCCUUCGUUCCACACAUUAACUGAGCUUCUCACUUAAGAAUCGUAUUUAAAUGUUUUCUAUACGGUAGGCACAGAAAUAAUGUAUUUUUACUAGCAAUAAUCUUUGAUAAAUGUGCUCUUGAUUUAAUUUCUUUGUGCAUUUUGAUAAACUAAAGACUUUACCCUCCAAAUUUUUAAUAUCCUACAUUUUAGCAUAUCGGAAAGUAUUUUGGGAAUAAGUUUAUUUACCGCAGCAGUUUGAACGCCAGUAAAAUGCAUAUGUAUCCAUAGAUAUUUUCGCAGAAAUUUCUGUCUCUUAAUGGUUUUUAGACAAUGAGUUGAAUAAAGAUUAUAUUGUAGGGAAAAAUAUAAUACAUUGUACUUGUAAGAUGUAAAAACAAUGAUUCGAGACUAAAUGUGCUUUUCUGGCUUUUUGAUAGUACACAUGCAUUUUGUUUUGAGUAAGCAAAUGUGAAAGCGUAUAUUAUGAAUUGUUUCUUCAAAUAAAAAAGAUGCAGAUAAAUUCUUU